AAUGACGUUGGUAUGGACCACUUCUUUCCAGUUGCACGCCGACACCGACGACGCCUGGACGUUGGACAGAGGUCUGACGAAAGCUGACCGGAAUACGCAGAUGUUUGCCUUACUUUGGUUAACUAGGGUCACGUUGUUCCGUUCUCCAACAACCGAAGGAUCAUCAGGACCCAUUCAAAGCAAGGAAAUGCAACCCAUCGAGUUGACUCCGUUGAUCAACACUGUGUUGCUAACCGAUUCAAAGUGCACCGAUGUGGUAGAAUUUAACGAGAGCCACCAUCGAGUUCCAUCGUCCAGCAGUUUAGCUGCUCUCCCCGCAAUGGAAACGCUUCCACGCAGCAUCCGAUCAGAAGAAAACGAGAUUUUUGCUUCGGUUGUGGUGGACGAGCCGAAAUGUGAAACCGAGUUGUUGGAGCUACAGCCAAACCAAAACAAUCAACAAAGUGCAUCUCUUCGGAGGUUGAAAUCGACUGUGGAACGGGAUGACGCGUCUGAGGGUAUGAUGGAAAACAAAAAUAUGAAUCGCAAACGAAACUCUCCUAACCGCUGUAACAACGUUUCACAUUUUCGAAGAUUACCAUCCACUCCAUGGACGACACGCGAUGGAACGCCAUUGCCCAGCACGUUUACUUUGGGCAUUGUUCCGCACGAUUUAUCUAUGCGAUGGAAAGAACGCGGAGAUAACGCAUUGCUGACAGUUAUCAGCGCCCUUUACGCCAAACUGUUGGUUGUCAUGGGUCUGGCUUUCCCCAUGACGGAGGUCAUCUCCAAUCACGUACCAUCGUUCUCGUAUUUGGGAUUUUAUUUGUACCUCUAUUUUGGUUCCAUCGCCUACUUCCUAUUUGUGUUCUUCACUAUGUUGAAAAAUCGGGCAGCUAAGGGAAACCGUUACUUUGGAUGUGGACGUAUUAAAUCUCACAAAGAGUCUGAUCUCAAAGAGAUGGCGGGGUACUGCCCGGAAGAAUCUCCCUCGCGAUCGUUCGGGAAAACGUCAAGUCAACAUUGCGGAUCAUUUUACCUUCGCAUUGGUGCAGUCGCUUUUGGAGUGGGCUCAAUGAUUUAUUCGGGCUUGGAAUUCGCACAGUAUUUUGAGACUGACCCUGGUAGCAAAUGUCAUAAUAUUUUAAUGGCUGCCACGCCCGCAGCCCGAAUGGUUUUCACGUUCAUUCAGAUGUACUUCAUUUUUUUGAAUGCUAAGAUGGCCGUCUACUGUAAACCAAGAGCCAUUGCUUAUUUUGGCUUGAUGCACAUGGUAGCCACCAAUCUCUGCGUUUGGUUAAACGUCAUCAUCGAAGAAACGAAACACGAGAUUCUUCACCAAUUUUCCAAUCAUCACUCUGAUUCUGGUGAACAUGACGCCCAGAGCUCAUCUCAUAGUCACAAAUCUUCAGCAAACGUCGUUAAACGACACGCCGAAGCUGUUUUCGAUUAUGCUAACACGGCUGAAGAUUCUCCUAACGUGCUGGAAGAUGUUCUCAAUGGCGGAUCGCUUGUGGAUGAAUGCAAAAGAUCCGACAUGAUGGGCAAUGUCGUCCAAGAUGCCAGCCAAUUCCUUUUUCCAUGCGCUAUUGAAUACUCACUAAUUUGUGCAGCUAUUCUUUACGUCAUGUGGAAGAAUGUCUCCAUGGGCGAUGAUGAUGGAAUCUACAAGCGGAGCAAUUCUGGCGGAUCGGCCACCGGUCGACGUUCGCGACACCAGUACUCGGUUGAUUGUGCCAAAGCUAACAAGGGCCUUUUUGCCGAUUUUAUUCUGGUCGGCACCAUUAUUAGUCUCAUACUCUUCUUCGCCUUGAUAAAUAAUCCGAAUUUUCGGGCGUUGGCCAUCAUGGAAGUGGCCGUCUCUCGAUUAUUGCUCUUCUGCUUGGCAUUUUUUGCUACCCUCGUCGGUAUUUUCCAGAUACGCGAACUUGAGUUCGAUUCUUCCCGUCAUUUCGGAUUGGACGCCGUACUCUUGGUAGUAGCUCAAAUUGGAUUGAUGGCAUACAAGUUGUUCACGGUGAUCGCUUGCUGCUAUUCGGUGAAGAAAGAAGAAACUGAGAAUUCAACUCUGGUCCUAUUUAGCGCCCUUGCUGCACUUUUCCAAGCAGUGACGCAAACCUUGUUCAUUCUGGAUGCAUCGAGACGUCACACUUACACGGCCGACCAGCAAUCGCGCAAGCCUGGGCGUGAAGUCGUGACUUUCCUAUUGAUGUGCAAUUUUGCUAUGUGGACGGUCAAUACGCUAGAAAAGUCUAGGGCGGACGCGAAUCCACUACAACUGGAAUUUUUUGGGCAGUGGCCGUGGAUAAUCAUCAUGAAUGUUAGUAUGCCGUUAACCAUCUUCUACCGUUUUCACUCGACAGUCGUCCUCUGCGAAAUAUGGAAGCGAUGCUACAAAGUCAAACCCGAUUUCAUGUAAUGUUUUGUAGACAUCAUAAUUGUUUUUGUUUGGCUAUUUACUUUGUGUCAACAUCCCCUUAAAACCAAUUGUCAUACUCCUCGAUAGCCGUCGCCAAUAUUUUUAGACGUGUUUCCAAAAAUAUUUAAAUAGAUUACCUUCCCCUGUACGGAGAGUGGUACUCUAACGUUUGUUCAAAGAUUGCAAUCUUUUGAAAUAGGAUUCACUGUAUAGCUCUCCCCUUGCCAAAUUUCAAUUAUCUCCGUAAUUUAUGCACAUAUGGCCUAUACGUCUGUUGCAUUCUUCAACUUUUCAAGUAUUCUCGCAUGCAUAUUUUUUCACGAAUUGCCCAAAACUUUCAGUUUGUCAAGUACUAUGUAAAGCUGAUCACAGCAGUUAACAAAUGAAUAGUGGUCAA